AGAGGGGGACGCCGUUGUAGUGCUAUUGGUGGUGCUGUGUGUCUGUGUCUGUGUGUCUGUGUCCGCGGGUGUCGGUGCCGGGCCAGUCCCUCCAGUGCGUGUCUCCCCCCGGUGCUCUGUCGGAUCCUCCUGUGCUAGUCUUUUGUCCUAACAGCGCACUCUCCCCCUCUUCAUGCUUGCCUCUGCCCUCUCUUAACCCCAGGCCCCUCUCCCCUCACUCUCUUUCUUCUUGCCUUCUGCCCCACUCUCUGCCUCCCCGUCCCCUUGGUGCUCACGUCUUGCCUCCACUGCGGGCGCUCCUCCACCUGACUUUCGUUGCGCUGCCUCACUGUGCCACGCGGUCCGCAGGGGGUUGGUUGCUUACUUGGCGUCCACUCCCCAAAUAGGCUGGUGUCCAUCUGCCCCGAGUAGCCAGCCGCCUUGCCCACCACUACCACCACCGCCGCUUCCUGCACGCCACGCCCCUUCAUCCUGGGAAAUAAAGGCCCCCGUGGUGGACAUGCUGCAUUGUUAAGCAGUGCCGUAGAGCGUGCAUGGCCUAGUGUUGCAUCCUUGGCGUGAUUUGCUGAGUCAGUGCCGAGCGGAGCGUUGUGUUGUGCCAUGACGGCUGCUCUGGAAGCCACCGUCAGUCCUUGGAGUUGUAGAAACCAGCAGGAGGAGGGGCUUUCGGUCACGCCUGGCUCACUGUGAACGGCAGGAGCACGGUGCCUGAGCCUUAUUCAAGUAGCAACAGAUAAAGCCUGCAAUUAUAGUCAUGCCUGGCGGCGAGAGGCAAGCCUGACUGACUGCUGGCACGUCGCGGGACACCAGCGUGGCCUGUAAACCCCUUGAGCCGAAGGAACAAGGUCGCGGCUUUGGCGAGAUUGUCUGCGGAGAGACGCUGACGAGGGGAGUAGAGGUGCUGGCUAACUGGAGGAGCCGAAGCGUGCCAGGGCCGUGCCAAGGGCGUCCUAAGGGGUUACCCAGCAUCAGGCCGCAAGACCCCCCCGCCCCCCCACCCUCUGCUGGCCACGCUGCGGGACCGCUUACGCAGACUGAUGAUGACCUCCGAGACUGAAAGUGUUGAGGAUGGAGGUGGUGGCAGCAGCAGUGGUGGUGGAGAUGGUGGUGGAGGAGGCGGUGGAGGAGGAGGUGGUGGUGGAGCAGCAGAUCGUCCCACCAGCAGCCGUGGCAGUGGCAGCAGUAGUGGUGGAGGAGGGGGGAGCUGCCUGGAGGAGGAGGCCAAGAAGAAGGUGGCUCGGGUAAACUCCGUCUCCUCCUCAAGCCGGUCCACCGUGGUGCAGGAGGACAGCACUGCCGAGGCCUCCACCCACUCCACCACCACCACCAGCCGCUUCUCUACCGCCACCACCAAAGUCAAAACAAUCAAGAUCGUCAAGAAGACCAGUCCCCUCAUCGCCAGUGCCAUCUCAGACCUCAACAGCCGGGCGGAGGCGUCCUCGAGUGCUGCUCCGCCCCGCCGUCCCCUUCCUGGCGGGCCCAGGAAGGUGGUGCGCAACAUCAAGAUCCAACAGGAGGCACCAACCACCCCUAAACCUAAACUUACGGAUGGGAAAGUAAAUGAUGUUAAGGUUAAGGAAAUUAAAAUAGAGGUUGUGAAUGAAAAUGACUCUCACACAAAAGAGACAAAUGUUGCAGGAUCAGUAAACAGUGACACCACAUCAGAGGUGUCCGGCAAGGUGGUGACGACUGAGAGUGUGAAGCCGCGUGAGAGUGAUGCUUCGUCCAGUGUGGUGAAGACAAUACCCAUCACCAGGAAGGGCUCCCCCGGCCCCAAGCAACCCUCCAAAGUGGCAACAACAGCCAAGACAAGUAAAAGUCUCUCCAGCGGAAAGGAGACGUUGAGGGCCAAAAGUCAGUCUCCAUCCUCCAAGGCAGAGGAAGCCACAACAACCUCUCCGGAUGCUGCCCAAAAUGAACAAACCAAACCUGCCGAAGGUGAAUCUGAGAAGGUAUCAGCGGCAGGGUUGUCGCCGAGUAACACCACAACCAUAUCAAACGGAGAACCCAAGACCUCAAAGACGGCAACCAACUCUUCCCUAGCAUCCUCGUCGGCCACUUCAUUGUCUUCCUCUGCUUCCACGUCAUCUGUUUCCUCCACCAAGACUGAAAAGCUCAAGGUGAAGAAACCAGCCAAGACCAAGAAGCAGGAGUCCACAGAAACAGCCAGUAAUGACACCACCAGUAAAGCAGCGGCCGCAGCACCAGAAAAAGAGAAGGACGGCCAGAGCAAAGCAGUCCAGGAUGUCAGCACCGAGGAAAAGGUUGAAAGCAAGAACAAGACAGCGGUUGAAAAUGGAAUAACAGAUAAGGAGAGCGCGGUAGACCUGGACAGCAGCGCAACAGAAACAAAGGAGAGCAAAGUAAAGAGUGACAGUGCGGGAUCACAAAAAGAUGUAAGUUGUGAGAAUAAAGAGAAGGAGACUGAGGCAGAAAAGGCCACUACUAUCAUACCAGAAAUAAAAGAGGAUGAUGCGGAGAGGAAAACAAGUGAAAAGGACGUAAGCAAAGUAGAAGAGAAUGGGGACGUCACUAGCAGAGAAGAAGGUCAAAAUGAAGAGGCGGAGGAGGGGGAGAAACUAAUGAACGGCAAGGUGGAAGAAGAGGAGAAGCAGGAACAGACACAAGCCUCCACACCUCCAACCACUCCCUCACCAACGUCACCACCACCGCCUCCUCCCCCUCCUCCUCCCCCAGCCAUAAAGAAACCAAGAACUCUCGGGAAAAUAAAGUCCAAAAAAGCCUCCACUCCUACCGCCGAAGAGAGCCAGGCCCCCUCCCCAAGUGUCCCAGAGAUCAGCGUCAGUGGUGAGGCCGCAAUGUCGUCCGAUGUCCCGAAGAUAGACAUUAACGGUGAAGGUGAUCAGACGGACAGUAGCCAAGGACACCAGGAAGAGGGGUCAGGCGCUGUGUCCGAUUGGGAGGUCAAGCCGGACAGGGACACUGAAGAACCCGAGUUGGCCAGUGUAUGUGUGGUUGUGCGGGACAUGAGCGGCCUGACGGAAGCUGUUAAUAAGGUCACGUUGGCCAUGUCCGCUGACUCCACUUGCGGCCAGCUGAUUGCAGAAGUGGGACGGAGGUUCAAGUACGACCCCGACUCCUUCUCCCUCGUGUUCCAGUGCUCCGACGGUGAUCAGUUGGAGAUAGAGAAGAUGGAAGCCGAGAGAACCCUUGCCCACGCCAGGUUCCAAGUGGAGGGCACAGCUCGCAACAGCCUCAUUCUUUGUGACCUUGGGGGCCGACCUCCUCGCCGGGUGGAUGAUGAUGACCUUACGUUGGGUGCCUCUGCGUCACCCACCACCACCAUCGCCAUCCCCGCCAGCACCUCCACGGAGAAGACUGGACUGGAGCGUUCGUUCAUCUCCUACGACACCAACACCGCAACAGACUACUCGUCCUACUCGUCUCCGCUCAUCAAGCACGACACUGGCUAUGUCGGAUUGGUGAACCAGGCCAUGACGUGUUACCUCAACAGUCUGCUGCAGACUCUCUAUAUGACACCAGAGUUUCGUAACGCCCUGUACCAGUGGGAGUUCAAGGGCUCAGAGGACGAUGCUUCCAAGAAUAUCCCUUGUCAGCUGCAGCGCCUCUUCCUCCAGCUGCAGACCACCACCAAGAGUGCGGUAGAGACGACCAAGCUGACGCGGAGCUUUGGGUGGGACAGCAGCGAGGCGUGGCAGCAGCACGACAUCCAGGAGCUGUGUCGUGUGAUGUUUGACGCGCUGGAGCAGUGCUUCAAGAACACUCACCAGGCGGACCUCAUCAACAACCUCUAUGAGGGCAAGAUGAAGGAUUACGUCAAGUGUCUGGAGUGUGGUAAUGAGCGGGCGAGAGAGGACACCUACCUGGACAUCCCGCUCCCCAUCCGGCCGUUUGGCUCGACCUCAGCCUAUAAGAGUGUGGAGGAAGCACUGCGGGCAUUUGUGUCGCCUGAGGUGCUUUCAGGCAACAACCAGUACAAGUGUGCACGGUGUGACGCUCUCUGUGAUGCUCAUAAGGGUCUCAAGUUCACUCGCUUCCCAUACUUGCUCACGAUACACCUCAUGCGCUUUGAUUUUGACUACCAGACCCUUCACCGCAUCAAGCUCAAUGACAAAGUGACCUUCCCAGACGUGCUAGACUUGAACAACUUCGUUGACGGGGGUGCGGGGCUGGGGGGAGAGGAGGGAGGGGACAAGCCUACAGGGGUGGUGGAUGAUUCCUCCACCACUGACUCAGGCUCAGCGCUGGAUGCAGAAGAUGCUUCCCUGGAGAACACCUCGGCCUCCCUGCCAGAAAGUGACAAUCAGGAAGAGGAUGAAGGCAUAGAUGUGAGCAGCAGCAGUGCGUACAACAAUGAACGCAACCGAACCUGGGGCCCAGGGAGUGGGGGAGGACCCUUUGUGUACCAGCUGUUCUCCAUCAUGAUCCAUUCAGGCAGUGCAUCAGGCGGCCACUACUACGCCUACAUCAAGGACUUCACCACCGGGGAAUGGUUCUGCUUCAACGACCAGAGUGUGACCAAGAUCACCUACGAUGACAUCCGCAAGACUUAUGGCGGGAGUGGGUCCUCGGCACGCGGCGGGAACUACUACUCCAGCUGGAGCUCCAGUGCCAACGCCUACAUGCUCAUGUACCGCCAGGUGGACCGCGACCGCAAUGUGUACUCCCUCACUAAUGACGAACUCCCUCAACAUAUCAAGGAUCUAAUACAGAGGAUGUCUGAGGAAGAAGCAGCUGAGCGGGAGCAGAGAGAACUGGAGCGCUCUACGUGUCGCAUCAAACUCUUCUGCCAACUCCCAGGCCAGAGCCAGAUGGUAGAGCGCAAGCUUAGAGUGCACAAGGACUCUACCCUUAAUGAAACCACUCUUUUGGCCUACAAGGAGCUUGGUCUGGAAAAUAUCGUGCCUGUGGAGCGCUGCCGCCUGGUCAAAUACGAGGAAUUCCAUGAUAGCCUCGAGUGCUCCUUUGAGGGCCAGGAAGAGGAACCCAUCUCAGAAGUCCUCGGGGGAGUCCGCACAUCUUACAAGUUUGACCUUCUCAUGGAGAUUCGGGACGAGGACAAGCAGUUUGAGGUGUAUAAGCCAGGAGGUACCACCAUCAAGGCCCAUCUGGUGAACCUCAACACUGAGGAGGUGGAGGGCCCCUUCACCCUGAGGGGCAGCCUGAGCAUGACAGUGCUGGAGCUGAAGGAGCUGCUCGGCCGCUCCCUCAACCAGAACCCAGAGCUGAUGCGAGUGGUGUUGGAGCGCUACUACAAUGACCUGCGGCCACUGUCCUCAGACACCAAGACACUCAAGACGGAGGGCUUCUACAGGUCCAAUAAGGUGUACGUGGAGGCAUCAGGAUCAGAGCCUGUAGACUUCUUUAGUGGGUCUCAGAUGUACUGCAUCCUGGACCGCUACGAGAACACCAUCACCCUCUACUGCCCCCUGCCUGACACUUCCCCGGAGGCUUUGGAGGAGCUGCAAAUUCCACCUUACAAGGAGGAAGAAGUUGGGGAGAGCACGGGUGAGACGGAGGGGACAGGGAGUGGAGCAACAAGUGAUGAGCCCUCCACCACCUCCACCACCACCACCACCACCACAACGGCUGUAGCCACUGAAUCCACAGACACCACAGCAUCCAGCGUUCCAGACCCUGCAUCUUCCCCUGCCGAAAGUGCCGCCAGCCCCGCCAGCUGCUCCAGUAAAGACAGUGGGAUCAGCAGCAAGGGAGGGACCACCGACACGGGCAGCAGCAGUGAGGGCAGCGGCACCAUCAGCAGAGGCAGCUCCCUUGUCAGCCCCACCUCCUCCUCCUCUCCUUCCUCUUCCCCAACCACCUCAACUUCCUCCCCAUCCUCUUCCUCUUCAUCCUCCCCAUCCUCCACAACCCAGCAGACCUCACCCCAGCAGCAACACCUCUCGUCAUUGUCCUCUCUAGCCGCAACCACCACCACUACCACCACAACCUCCGCCACGCCUUCUUCCACCCCAACUGCCUCUCCCACAGCAGCCUCCACCAUGCUUGUACUAGGGAACUGCAGUGAUGGGGAGGAUGAGGGUAUUGCCGAUGCGGACAGUGGCACGGGCUCCUCACAUGUUAACAGUGACCAGAGUGCCAGCGAGGAUUCUUCCCUCACCAGCGACAGUGACAGGACCCUUGUUGGGGAGCCCCCCGAGGAUCGCUUCUCAGACACCAGCAACAGCCCAGACUACCACAACGUGUCGCCGCCCACUGACCCUGCUGCCACCUCCACAGUCGCCUCCUCUACAGCCACUGCAGAGGCCAAGGCUGGUGAUGAAACCGGGGGGGGUUGGGGUUUACCUAUCUUUCAGGACACUGAUGUUGUAUGGGGCGAGGAUGAGAAGACCACUCCUCAGAAGAGGUACUUUAGGGCAGAAUACUUCACUGAAGAGGACACUGGUGCUAAAAUGCUGCGAGUGUGGGUGGACAAGCGCAUCACCAUAGGGCAGCUCAAGGAGGAGAUGCAGCGAUGGGUGGGAGUGUCGCAAGAUCACUUCAAGCUCUUCAAGAUCUACUCCAACAGCCAAGAGUUUGAGUGCACCAGAAUGACGGAGAGCCUCACCUCUUACGGGGACAACACGCGGCUCAGUGUUCGGCUGGGUCGUGCCCUCCUACCAGGGGAACACAGGGGAAAGGUGUACCUCUUGGAACCUCACAACAUAGAGGACCCCUCAAAGUUCCUGAUCGACUGGGUGGUGUGCAAGGGAGACACGGUGGCCAAUGCCAAGAAAGCCAUUGUGCGAGAGGUGAACGCCCGGUGUCCAGGGAUGAACCUUGUCCCUGAAAGAGUGCGCCUCCGCAAGAAAAGCUGGAAGACACCACAAGCCAUUUACCUCGACCACCACAAGUUUGAUGAAGACAUUGCCCUCUUUUCAAACUGGGAACUGUUUUUGCAGGUACUAGAUGGGCCUGAACAGCGGACGGCAAGUGUGGACGAGUUAGCCAUUUUCGUGAAGCGGUGGCGGCCGUCCACACACACCACUGAUCCUCUCACUGAAAUCAUCAUCCCAGAGCCAACCACUACUGCCCUCUGUGCCAAGCUGUCAGAGUUGUCAGACAUACCAGAAGAGAACAUUGCAUUUGCAAAGGGCAAAGGUACCUUCCCUUGUGACAUGUCAGUGCUGGACAUACCCAAUGAACUGGACUGGUCACCCCGCUCUGGCCAGCUUGACCAGCGGCCGCUCUACAUCAUGGAUGAUGGAGCGAUGAUCUACUACAGAGACAAAACUGAAGAGUUGAAGGAGCUGACAGAGGAGCAGCGAAGAGACCUUGCUGUGUCAGAAAACCAGCGGCUCAACAGAGAAUUCCAGUACUGCCCCUCCUCCUCCUUCACCCCCUCCACUUAUUCCUCCAACCCUCGCUCCAGGGAGAAGGGUCUCAAGAUAUACCUCAACCAUGAUGACUGAACGGAGCAGAUCGUAAAGCUGGUAGGAAGGAACAGAGGCCUGGCUGGUCACUAGGUGUUGCACAUAGUUGUGAAUGAAGCUUUGUGAAAGUUUAAGGAUGUAAGAUGUUUAGUAUACUGGAAGUAAGGAGGGAGAAAAAGAAGUUGAAUUGAGCAUAUUCCUUUUUAGGAUGGCAUCCCCAAUAUGGUUCAGGUUAUUAGCUGAGCAGUAAGAGGCCUUUCUUUCAUCUUUAGUACAUUUUUAACCAUUUGACAUAAGAAAAUGCCAUAUAAACUUUCUACAGUUACAGCUUAUAAACAUCUCAGAAGAAUCAUGCCCAUAAAAGCCAUUGGAUUUUUCUUUUAUUCAAUACAGUGCCAACACCUGCAGAAUAGCCUUUAGAAAUUCUGAACAGCUCAGUUUGUGGCUCAACGCAAGCUAUUCUCCAAACACUAGGCCUUACCUUUAAAAUAAACUUGAAAAUUCAAUGUACACUGGUUUUGUAGUAGUUAUCUUGGCUAUACCAGUAUAUAAUUAAAAGACGUUCAGCUCCAACCUUUAAAAGCCUUAUCGUAAGCUCCUCCUUCAGUACUGGUAUAAUCAUAAGCUUUCUCUCACUUAUUUCUCCUAGACAGGCCUCUUCCACUACUGAUACAGACGUCCUCUCUGGACUGAGCAGUGAUAGGCCCAGUGGGGCCUCAUAUUCUUGAAAAUGGCCUUUCUCUCUCUGGACUGGAUAUCCUCUGUAUGUCUGCCUUAUCUUUAAAAUUUAAUGGCCAAGAAGCCUUUCCUUCCUCUGGUCAUUGUUUUAUACUGUUGAUAACACUUAGCUCAUCACCAUUUUGGGUGAACUGUAAAUAGGUUGUGUGCAUGUGUGUGUGUGUUUGCACAUCUGUGUGUGUGUGGUGUGUGUGUGUGCGCGCUCAUGCAUGCCUGGGUGUGUAUGUGCAUGCAUGUGUAUGAAUGUGUUUGUGAUUGAGUAAAUGUAUGUUAAAAAUCCAGUGUACAGCAAAGACUCGGAUGUGAAACAUCAUUAUAAUUAUCAUUAUGAUUAUCUUUAUUAUAAUUGUUAUUAUGACUAUUGUUAUUAUUAUUUUUUUAUUAUUAUAAUUAUCAUUAUUAUAUAUUGUUAUCAUUAUUGUAGUUAAUUUAUUUAUGUAUAUAGCAGUUUCUGUGAUCAUAUUUUCCUUUUUUUUAUUGUGGAUAUUUUUGCUUCCUAAAACUUCAUGAAGGAAAGGUUUGGCUGCCACUCACCGUAUAAAUCCCAGGUCUGAGUUUGUACAUUAACUUAUAAAACAAUUUGGGAUUUUUUCCCCCGUUUCUGUGGCGAGAGAUCAUUUAUGUACUGACGUGUGUAUUUUUUUUCCUCUUCCUCCAAUUAAUGGUGAAUCUGUUUGGUAAUCUUUAGUCAUGUGUUUCACUGGCCUAGUCGACAUAUAGAAAGAAAGUGUCUCCUGUAUAUUGUUGUGUACAUGUCCCUGAUUAUUUAUUUCAAAACACCAAUUAUCAUUUUGCAAGCUUCCCUUGGUUAUACUGAUGAAAAUAAAACUAUACAAAAA